AUCUCUGAAGGAAGUCAGUAUCAGAUAUGAUUGGUUUCCAACUGUCUAAGAGGCAAGCUGCACAGACUAGUGGAUAAAGGAGAACAGAGCAGUGGAACGCAGGGAAACUAGUUCAGAUGAGUCCCUUUUCAUUUACUAGGAAAGGAAGGGACUGACAGCUAUAUGUCUGGUUUUAGAGUGGUGAAAGAGAUUCUGUUUCCAGAAAACCCAGAUCCUUGUGACAGUUAUGACACGCAGUGGUGGGUUUGAUAUUGGAAUGAAGGAAGUGGUGGGUUUGAUAUUGGAAUGAAGGAAGUGGUGGGUUUGAUAUUGGAAUGAAUGCAGUGGUACGGAGUGAUGCACCCUGGACCGUCACUGGCUUUAGCAAUCAUCGCAUGUUUUCUGCAGAUAUACUUCUGUGAAAGUCGCUGGGACAAGGAAGAAGGUUUGAAGCCAGGCUCCGAGACGUACGGCUACAAAGCUUUCUCUGGGGAGGGGUUUGUCAUGCAAUGUACCAAACCACAGUCCGCCGGUCUCUGUGAGCGCCUCUACAACAUCACAGCCAGCUCUGAGGAAGCUGAUUGGUCGAAGGCCGAGGGGGAAACCAACAGAGACAGAGAUGACGGGGCCGUGACAGGACGGGGGAACGCGCUCUGGUUCUCUACCGUUACUGCAAAGGACUCUGGGAAGUACACAUGCCACACAGGUGGUAUGGUGAUCCACGUCUAUGUGGAGGUGCUGGAGAGGGCCAGCCUGGGGUGCAGGGACACAGAGGAGAACAGAGUCACUCUGGUUCUGGGCAAAGGUGGCAGGAUCCCAUGCCCUGGGAUCAAAUGUCGGACACAGAGGUCAGAGGUCACAUGGUACAAGGAUGCCAGGCCUGUGUGUGAGAUACAGGAUAAGAGGACUAUCUCUGUGGUAGACAGGUAUACUCUUCUGCUGGGUACUGUCUAUGUGAGUGAUGCUACAGUGUAUUUCUGUGACUACACCUAUGAAGACAACGGGAUCCCCUGGACAGUCAGGAGAUCUGUUAACGUCUCGGUCAUACGGGGGCCUCAUAAUCUGAGCUGUCAGGUGCAUUUUGGGUUCCAGAGGACCUUUGACCCAGUGGUCCAGUGGUGGAUCAGUUCCCAUAGCAACCAUGAAGGAAUGAUGAAACUGAUGGAGAUGGAAGCACAGCAGGUGUGGGAAAGGAGUAUUGAAGAGUUGGAGUUCACGGUCACCAGGACAGCUCAAAUCCCGGAGGUGACCCAGCUACACCUGGACUCCACCUUCACCUGUCUGGCCCAGAACUCUGUAGGCAACAGCAGCGCCACCAUCAGGCUGACAAGGAAAUCUGCAGUUUCCCGUGUGCUGGUGAUAGUGUGUCCGGUGGUGUCUCUGCUGUUUGUAGCUGGGAUGGGCAUUACAGUGCACGUCUACUGGCUAGAGAUCUCUAUUCUCUACAGAAUCUACCUCCCAUACAAACAGACCACCACAGACGACAAGGAAUAUGAUGCCUUUGUGUCCUACGUGCCCAGCUCUUCCUCUGAGGAGGCGGGGGGACGAGGAAGAGGAGAGGAGGCGCUGGAGGUGCUCCUGCCCAGGGUUCUGGAGGGGCAGUGGGGCUACCACCUCUUUCUGCUAGAGAGAGACCUGCUGCCGGGCGGAGCGUAUACAGAGGAUGUGGUGUGUGCGAUCCGCAGCAGCAGGCGACUGGUGUGUGUCCUGAGUCCUGACUACCUGGCCAGUACCUGUCUGUUUGAACUGGAGACAGGCAUCAGAGCCUUACAACAAGACCCACACUUCAGACUCAUCCUCAUCUGGACCAGCCCCAACCACAACCCCAGUCCUAGCCCCACCAUCCCCAACCCCAGUCCUAGCACCACCAUCCCCAACCCCAGUCCUAGCCCCACCAUCCCCAACCCCAGUCCUAGCACCACCAUCCCCAACCCCAGUCCUAGCACCACCAUCCCCAACACCAGUCCUAGCACCACCAUCCCCAACCCCAGUCCUAGCACCACCAUCCCCAACCCCAGUCCUAGCCCCACCAUCCCCAACACCAGUCCUAGCCCCACCAUCCCCAACACCAGUCCUAGCCCCACCAUCCCCAACCCCAGUCCUAGCCCCACCAUCCCCAACCCCAGUCCUAGCACCACCAUCCCCAACCCCAGUCCUAGCACCACCAUCCCCAACCCCAGUCCUAGCCCCACCAUCCCCAACACCAGUCCUAGCCCCACCAUCCCCAUCCCCACCUCACCGAUGCCCCCACUAGUUCGGAGGGCCAUCAGAGUCCUGCCUGCUCUGCACUGGACCCCCCAGGACCAGGGAAGGAUGAUAACUAGCUCCAACUCUGGAUCAAAGUUCUGGAGAUCCCUCCACAAGGCCAUGCCAGCCCAGAUUGGGACUGGGACAGACACACAGACACUGUUAGACAGACACACAGACACCCAGGACAGAGGGACUGUUUUGUAG